AUGACAAACCUUCAGCCGCCCAAGACAGUCAAAGAUAUCAGAAGCUUCCUAGGACAUGCUGGAUUCUACAGGAGGUUUAUUAAAGAUUUCUCACAGAUAGCAAGGCCAUUAACACGCCUAUUAUGCAAGGAUAUCAACUUUGAGUUCACUGAAGAGUGUCACAAGGCUUUCACUAAGAUCAAGGAUGCAUUGGUCAGUGCACCAGUAGUUCAACCUCCAAACUGGGAACUACCCUUUGAGAUAAUCAGAACGCUUGAUGAGGCACAAUGCAAGUAUGCCACGACAGAAAAGGAGCUUCUUAGCUAUUGUUUUGCAUUUGAGAAGUUUCGAUCAUACUUGGUGGGAUCGAAAGUUAUAGUUCAUUUUGAUCAUGCAACAUUAAGGUAUCUCUUAUCCAAGAAAGAUGCCAAGCCAAGAUUGCUGAGAUGGAUACUUCUAUUGCAAGAAUUUGAUCUUGAGAUAAAGGACAGAAGAGGAGCAGAUAAUGGAGUGGCUGAUCAUCUCUCAAGAAUGAGAGUGGAGGAAGAUCUUCCGCUUGUUGAUAGGUUGCUGAUGUACUUGCAUUUUACAUAG